GACAAGGCAUGGGCUGAUGUUCUUAUUCAUUUUAGGUCUGCACCCCAUGCACUAUUAGUAAGUUUCUGCAGGAUGAUAUUAGGUGCAGCUACUUUGUGCUUGGUGUUCUCACAGUGUUUCCUAAACGUUAGUGUUUGAUCUAAGGUGAUGCCGAGAUAUUUAGGAAACAAUGUUCAAGCUCUUGGCCUUGCCAACAGUUUCCUGUUGACUUCACGAUUACAUAGAUAGAAAGCACACACUUGUGUCUUGGCAGGGUCAGGCUUCAGGUGAUUCACUUUGUAGUAGCUGGAGAGAUCUUUCAGAGCAUUAGUGAGUUGGUUUUCAAUGGUUUCAAAGUCUUUUGCUUGUGUUGUUAGGCCAAGAUCAUCAGCGUUUAUAAAGCUCUUUGUGAGUGAUGGUUGUGGCUGAUCGUUCAUGAAGAUGUUAAACAAGGGUGCAUCCUGUUGGGAGCGUCAUCCUUGUCCUGGUCCUGGAGGCCCUGUCUCCUCCGUCACAGCAGAGAUGCCCAGCCUCACCUCUCCGCCGCUUCGCUCUCGGGCUGGGGCCCCAGAAGCCAACCUGGGACUCAGUCUGGAUGACUUCAUCCCUUCGCACCUCCAGAAAACCUCGCCGUUUGCCAACAGCUCCAGCCUGAGAUCUCCUCAGGCUACAUCGACUCCGCAGGGGACUCAAGCCCCUUCGCGUCGCAGAGUACCCGUCAUCCGCAACUGUGGUUCAAAUACCCUGAACUUUGAAUUCCGUGACACGGUGCCGCACACGGUGUACAACGGGAUAUCCCAUCCACAGCAUCAGAAAACGAACCAGUGGAAUAACCCAGGAAAUAAUUGGUACCCAACGUGGCCUGCUAAAGAACUCAGAUCAUUGCCGUCUCAUGCUGCACCUGCCUCUCGCCUGCCUAGUUCAUCGGUGGGUCCUGCUGUCAAUGGCACGUCACAGCCGGGAUGGUCAGCUACUUGGACAAAAGAUGGUCAGAGGAAGGAAAAACGGUGGUUGAAGUAUGAUGGCAUCGGGCCGGUGGAUGAGACUGGGAUGCCCAUUGCUUCCCGAUCGAGCGUGGAUAGCCCCCGGGACUGGUAUCGCAGCAUGUUUCAGCAGAUCCACAGCAAAUUGCACGAACCAGAAGUGGACUGGGACUUCUCCUACAAAGCCAAAGAUCCCAUGCACCCAAGAUUCUUGAAAAAUAGCCAGUCGCCAACCCUGACAUCAGGCAGUUCCUAUGGCCAACAUAAUGGCAUGGAUUGGAGACCUUGGGAACCAAAUGAUGUUGUCGAGCCCAAGAGUAUCUUUGACUAUGAACCUGGGAAAUCAUCCAUCCUGAAUGAUUCCACAUCACCAAAGAAGCUCCCCGAGGCAUCCCCAUCCCGUCCCCGGCCGGCCUCCCCGCCCAUUGAGGAAUUACUGGAGAAGGAGCUCCAGCAGCUCAGUGAGGAGUUGGACAAAGACAUUAAAGCCAUUGAAAGGCGGCAGCUGGCCCGCCAGGUUUUCUCCUCGGCUCCGGGCUCCUCCAACCCUUCUUCUCCUGCUUUUUGUGCUCGGAGCCCAUUGGUGAGCCUUGGGGCCUCUCCUUCUACUGGACAAAGCCUUCUUGGAUCCCAGUCCCAGAUACUGGUCAGCCCGAAGAUGGAGAAAGGAAGCCCCGGCCUCCCCAGGGGAAACUGGAGCAGCUCUCCACCCAGGAAUGAUCCGCUGAGGCUUGUUGGCCAGAAUUUCUUUCUUGAGUCUGCAGAUGUUUUCCUGGAUACUUCCCCAAAGAAAGACGAGAAGAAGAUGAAAGCAGCUCGACUCAGAUUUGAUUUCCAGGCCGAGUCGCCAAAGGAGUUGACCUUGCAGAAAGGCGACAUUGUCUACAUCCACAAGGAAGUGGACAAAAACUGGCUGGAAGGAGAACAUCAUGGCAGGGUGGGCAUUUUCCCUGCCAACUAUAUUGAGGUCCUGUCUCCAAAUGAAAUCCCCAAACCUAUCAAGUCUCCCACCAUCCAGGUCCUGGAGUACGGAGAGGCCGUGGCUCAGUACAACUUCAAAGGAGGGCUGCCUGUGGAACUGGCAUUUCGGAAGGGCGAACACAUCUGCCUUAUCCGCAGAGUGGAUGGAAACUGGUAUGAAGGACGCAUCUCCGGCACUAGCCGCCAGGGCAUUUUCCCAGCCAACUACGUGCAGGUGUUGAAAGAGCCAAGAGUCAAGAACUCUGAGUCUGACUUCCCUUCUCCAAGCCUGCGGGUGCGUUCGACCUCCCCGUCCCAGGCGCAUUCACCCAACGCAGGCAGCAGGUGGCAGUCGGACACCUCGCCUUUGGGCCUGCGGCAGGGCUCCCCGUCUCCAGACAUGUCAUCCUCAUCUGCCACCAGUCACUUGGGAUUCACUUUCUCCAUGUCCCCCAAGUCACCGCGUGCUGAAGCCGUUCCUCACAGACCACAGAGCUCCCCGAGAGCGGCUUCAGGCAGCCUCCAGAACCAAAGCCCUUCCAGCACCCACUCUUCCUUCCCGACGCAAGAGCCCCCAAGGGCUGCCCUCCCUCUUUCGACUCCCCAGGCACGACCGGUCUUCCCACAGCAGAAUCCAGCCCUGGAGAAGGCGGCGUCUCGAUCUCCGCAGCCACGCAGCCCCAUGCAGACCUCCGAAGCCCCCGCUCCCAGCAUACAUUGGACCCCGUACCUGGCUCUCUAUCAGUAUCGACCCCAGAAUGAAGAUGAGCUAGAACUACACGAAGGAGACCGAGUGGAUGUGAUGCAGCAGUGUGAUGACGGAUGGUUUGUAGGUGUCUCUAGAAGAACACAAAAAUUUGGCACUUUCCCUGGCAAUUACGUUGCCCCUGUGUGACAUCUCACGGCUAACUCCUUGCACACCAAACGGAGAGCGAAUCAGUAUAUUUCUGUUUUCCCUGAAGAGCGGCCUUGGGGUCUAUAGUCAAGGAACAGAAAGAAGAGACGGUGUCAGGACCAGCCUUGAUCCUUACAUUCUGUGCAGCAAUUCUCACCUGAAGCCCUCCGUUCCUUCUCUUCCGGUGGUGUAUCUUAGCCUCAUUUUUAUUGAAGCAGUUACAAGCUUAUUUCUUUCCCCCCUCCAAUAUUUACCAUUUCUCCCUCAUUAUUUACACGACUUUCCAUGACAAGUAGGAUCUCAUCCUGGACAGAUAAUACAGGAGUUUUAUGCUGCCGCUUCAACUACAUUUCUGCUUGACGAACAAAUCUGGAGUAUCAUCUCUUUCAAGGAGAGAUGAAGAUAGACUGGACUUCUUAUAGGAUGUCUCCCGCCUUCUAGAAAGACCUGAUCUUAUUUUGAUGGAUGAAAACGUCUUGCGUGACUGUUUGCUGACCUUGCUGGGCUACUAACAUACAUGUACCUCAAAUCCCAUAGACUCCUGGGACAAAAGUCAUUGAACGUAACUAAUAUGCCAUGAAACUCAUGGUGAAUGAUUUCAUACUUUGCAUAAGAUUUUUGCCACCUGAACCUUGAUUUAAACACCUUCUGCAUCUAAGCGACCCAUGUACCAUUGGAACUAAAUAACACAAAAUUAUUUCUCUUGAA